GUCGAUCUCUAGAUUGUGUUUCGUUCUGUCGCUAUAACUGUCACUGUUGUUUAUCAAAUUCCAAGUUCAAAAUCGUUAUGAAAAGAAAUAUUAUCCCAUUUUUAAUCAAAGCUCACCUCAUCUUGUUGUCGUAUAAUUUUGCCUACAUUUUCCAUGGAGCCAUUUACAAGACAAAACUUAUUACAGAACAAGUUUUCAGAUGUACCAAAGCUUCAGGAUAUGUGCAUCAAGGCCUUAAUGAAAGGGUUAAAGCAAAGCAUGGAUGUUACAAAAUUAAUCAACAAAAAUGCAAGCUUUGAAACCCUUGAACUUAUUUUGGUAACCUUAAGCCCAGAUAAGCUGUAUAGAUUAGAAGAAGAGAAGAAGUACCUCUUAAAAAACACUGAUACCUUUUGGAAACUUCAUUGCACCAAUAAAUUUAGAUCCCAGGUUCAGCUUAAAAAGGAAGAUGAAUCUUGGCGGAUAUUUUACCAAAGAUGUUGUACAGUAUCUGAAGAAAAAUUUAAGAAUGUUACUGCCUCUUUAACUGCAUCUGCUGCAAAGGCCAAACCUGUAAUUAAUCGAGGAAGACGAGCCAUUGCAUUGGCAAACAUUGCCAAGGCAUUUGAAGCGGGCAUCUGCUAUAAUCUUCCUAUGUGUUGUGUGCAAAAUACAAGUUGUGGUAGGACAAGAGCAGCGUUCUGCUCAUUGUUCAUUGUUUCGCCAAUGUGUAACGGACCUCAAAUGAUGCCACUGUUCCUGAUUAUAACUGCAAAGUACAUACAGGAUUCGAAAAUUGUUCUUGGGGAAGUCGGUGAUAUCCUUUGAUAAUUUUCAAGAAAAUUCAUUCAGUGUGUGUCCAUUUAGUGAAUAUUGGAAACCAACCAAAAGCUGUCCUGGUAAUAAAAAAAAUAAAAACAUUUGAAGAAAAAUAAAUUAGUGAGUGAUUUGCCAUGAGAAAGAAAUGGAGACAAUCAGACAAAACAUGGAAUGCAUUCUGUUUCUCCCCUGAUUAUUACUUUUUCUGAAAUAAUCGACAAGAUCAGUAAUAUGAAGAAUGAGCUACAAGAACUUCAGGAUUCUGUAGGAAGGAAGGCCUUCAUUCCAGAGAAUAUUGUUGGUGGUAUUAAACUGAGUAUAUUGACAGGUUUCAUUAAAGAAGCUUUUCUCUAAAUAUUCGUUUUUGAAUUCUGAAGCAGAUCUUCAAAAAUUGAAUUUGUCGAUUUGUCUAGUUCAUUUAUAUUUCUUGUUUAAUUAAGGACUGGAAUUUCAGAUACAUUUUUAUUUCUUUUGUUUAAAAUUUUAGAUUCUACUUUUUCAAAAUAUUUUAUAAUUACAGUUUUUUAUGAAGAGUUGAAAUUGUUACCCAUAAUUCUUCAAAGUCAUUAUUUAUCGAUACCAUGCCAAAGCAGCUCUGUUCUGAAGGUAGAGACUGUAAAGUCAUUAUUGACUGCACUGAAUUUCCUGUACAGAAACCUAACAGUCCAGCAGAACAGCAAAUGACUGUCAGUUCUUAUAAGAAUAAAAAUAGUUUAAAAUGUAUGAUAGGAAUAAUGCCUUCAGGAGCCAUCAGCAUUAUUUCACCAUGUUACUGCAUUAAAUGCCAUCUGAUAGAAGUGUUAGAACCAAAUGAUGUUAUGAUGGCAGAUAAAGGUUUCCAAAUUGAACAAGAAUUACAAAAAAAAAAAAAAAAAAAAAAAAAAAAAAAUGUAAAAUAAAUUGUCCUAAAUUUUUAAAGGACUGUAUUCAGUUUGAUGUAACUGAAAGAGUGAAUAACUGGAAGAUAUCCAUUGUAAGGCUUACAGUAGAAAGAGCUAUUUCAUGAAUCAAAAUGUACAAAUAUUUUGUAAAGCCUCUCUUUUAUACAAGUUUACGUAGUGUUAAUUCUUUAUUUUUAUUAUUACUUGCCUGUUGUGUAACUUUCAGAUAUCAUUAGUUUGCCUUUUUCUUAUUUGGAUUUGAUAUUUCGUUUUUGGCAUUAUAAUGAAAUGCAUUGUGAAGUUUUACUUUUGUAUUAUGAACCUUAAAGUUAUUAUUAUAUUUCAGUAAUUCAUGUUUGGUUCUUGCUAGGUAUCCAUGUCUAAUAACAAAAGAGCAAUAUGUUUAUUUUUAUUAGUGUUUUCUUUCUGAGAAUUGUAAUUUUUGUUUCAUUAUUUUAUCCAUAAAAAAUAUUUUUCAUUGUAUUUUUAUGUAAUUUACUGUAUCAUUUGCAGCUAUAUUUGCUAACUGUAAUUAAAUAUUCAUUGCUGAGCAGUCAAAUUGGUAUUUUGAUAGCAAAACCGGUUGUCAAAUUUUCCUUCUUUUGUACUCAAAUUUGGGAGACCAUGAAAAUGGUCACCUAAAUUUGAGUUAUCAAUACUAAGAUAAUAUAAUGCUUGAAUGAAAUGGGUGACUUCUGAAGGCAUUAUUGCUGGUUUUCUAAACACUUUUGCUGAUUUGUGGUGGAUUCAAGGUGGAGAAUUUAUGGCAAGCAACUGUUUCUAUCGUUAAAAAGAAAUGUCAUUAGUUUUUUGUGUUUAAACUGAAAUUGAUUGUUAUCAUAACGUCAUACUAUACCAUUGUGCACUUCAGGGUUUUCUGUUUUAAAAAAUACAGGUCAUUUCAUUGAAAAUCAAUUUCCCUAUCUCCAUUUAUUUUAUAUAUGUAUAUAUUACUUAUUUCCAAUUUCAUCACUCUUUUUUCUGUUUCUUUAAUAUAUCAAAUUUGAGUCAUUAUAAAAUUUUGCAAAAAUUUCAAAGUGUUUCUUCCAACUCCUCUUUAUAUCCUAUAUAUAUUUAUCAUUGCCUCAUUCUUGUCCAUUAUAUUUAAUGUAUUGUAUGUUUUGUGUUAUUUUAUGAUAUUCAUUGAAUUAAUUUUUAUCAUUGUAACUUUAGCAUUUUAAAAUACAUUUAAGAAAUAUUCUACUUUAAAAGCAUAUUGCUCAACAUCAUAAUAUGAUUCGUUAAAAAGCAAUCUUUAAAAAGAAAGCGUUAAAAGCUUUUGUUUAGUAUCUAGUAUGUUGCUGUUGAUGCAAUUACAUGAGAAAGCAAAUCUUGUCCAUUUGGAGACCAAUGAUCCUAAAAUAAUUAUGGAAAGUUAAGCUUUUCCUAGGCAACAAUGAUUUGAGAGCCGGAAACGGAUACUUAAAUUUUAAAUGCAAUUUUACAAAAGAAAUCAUUUCGACGUGCACGCUCUGAUCCUCCAUCCUUUUUUCUUCCAAUUUCAGUAGCUCUAGACCACAUGGUUUACUUGUAGUAUGUCAACAAACGCACACACACCGAAACACAAUUCUCUUGAUUAGUAGUAGAGUUAAAUAAUGGAAAUAGAUUAACUUGCAUACAGAUAAUUUUCAAAGGAGAUGAUAGAGGUUCAAAAAGUUAAAGGAAUAUUUUAUAUACAUCCAAAUCAUGACAACUAGAGAGAGAUGCCAUGUGCAUGUUCACCAGUGAAAAAUUGAAAACAGAAAGAGGUAACUGGGACCAUAUUCGAAACUGAAAAAUUGUUACAUCAGCAGAUUAUAGUGAGGUAGCAAAAACCCAAUCCAAGAUAGUUAAAGUUAUAGAUUUUGAAACAUAAGGCAAUUUUAGAGGCACAACCAAAUUUAUUUAUUUCAAUAAAUAGUUGAUAUAUAUAAUGAUGUAGCAAAAGAAAUUGAAAGAAUUAUAUAUCCUUUCAUCACAAAGAUUGUAAAAGAAAAAGAAAAGUGACAGAUUCAACAAUAUUUAUUCAGAGUGUGAAUGUAAAUUUUAUAACUGUCUAGAAAAAAAUCAGUGUCAUUAUUCAAAACUUUGAUUCUUAGUCUAGUAAAAAAAAAUUGAUGAAAAAAGGAUCAAAACUCUAUUAUUUUACUCUCAUUUUAUAUAUACAAAUAAUAAAAAAAAGAUUGUAUAGAAAUUGCUAACGUAUGUGGUAUAGAAAUCAUUAUUACAUAUUACUUAUAUAUUAGAAAUAGAAUAUAUAUAUAUAUUUUUUAUAUUAGAAAUCAUAAAGACAUAUUACUUAUUGUCAAAUAGCAAGAGUCCGAUGUAAACAAAUCUUUAUAUAAAUGUUUCAGAUUGUUUCAUUGAAUAUUUUUAUGGAUGUAUUUAAUGCAAUAACUCACUAAUUACAGGAGCUGCAAAAUAUUAUUAGAAAUGGUUUCAAGAGGGCUUAUUAUAUCAUUGAAAAUUCCAUUCAGUCAGAGGAAAGAAGAGGUUUUAAAAAAUCGAUAGGUUUCAAGCAAAAAGUUUAUUCGAGUGCGAAAAUUGGCUGAAUCAUUGGUAAUUAGGCAAUCACUUUGACUUAUCUCUAGCAAUCAAUGACAUCUCCCGAAAGCUAUUAAUCUCAUAAAAAUGAUUAUCCUAAAACUCAAAAAUUGGUUUUUAAUGAUAUCAACUUAUUUUAUUUUUAAUAAUUUUUUAACUUUUAUUUAAUACGUUCAUGGUCUGUUAUAAUGUUUUACUGUCAUGAUGAAAUUUAAACUCAUCCAUCAAAACAUACAUUUGCAUGCUUUUGCCAAUGUUAAAAUAAAAACUACUUUCUUUGUAUAUUCA